AUGAAAGAAGGUGCCCAGACAACAAAGGAAGCAGGCCAAGAUCUCGGUGAUGCGUUCAGGGAGUUAAAAGCGGGUUAUCAAGCAGGCCGUAACAACAACUCUCAACACUGCCAAAAAGAAACAGAAAGGAAUGGUCAGAAAAAUGCACAGAAUAAUGGCUCUCAGAAUUACCAGAAAGAAACAAAAAAGGAUGGUCCGAAAGAUGCACAAAAGAACGAUUUUCAACAUCUCGAGAAAGAAACAGAGAAGGAUGGUCAGACAGAUGCACCAAAGAAUUAA